AUGUCAGUCUCCGCCAAGCCUACCGCGCAGUCGUACCGCACAUCAUGCGAUCGAUGUCGACUGCAGAAACUGCGAUGUGUGCCAUUGUCUGACGGCGACUUGCUGAACGCGUGUCAACGGUGCACACGCGCCCGGGUACCCUGUGUGUUCAGUCGACGAGCCCGCAGUGGGCGACAGCCCAAGAAGCUCGAAAGGACGGAAGAGACUCCCCACAUGUCCUCAUCAGGAUCAAACGCAUCGACGCCGCCAUUGGAAUUUCCCAGCUUUCCUGUGCCGCGGGACGAUCUUUUACCGUCGAUCGCCCGUGUGGAUCCCAUGACCGACCCGCACGACCUAGCCGAUCCACCGCUAGACCCGAUGCUGGCUGAAAUAUUAUUCCACACGCCGGGAGAUAACACCGUCAUCCCCGUUCAUAUGCCAUUCCCUGUUCGAAAGGUAGAAUGGUGGUGUUCUCCUGAGUCGCUGAGCCCAGAGCUUGAUCUUACAAAAUCAAGCGACGCGUUAGACCAAACAUACUUCAAUCAAACCGAGACAAACCAGACAACAGAAAUACUCAGUAUACAAAACACAAACAGCACAAUCCCCGAUAACCUAAGCGCCUCGGACCAAGCCCCAUCCACCCAAGUCCAGGGCCUCUCCUCAAUCCUCGUCGCAAUGACAAACUACACAUGUGACCUCCACCGAUACCGCGCAGCAAAUAUCGACACAAAACACAGCAGCAGCAUAUACAACUACCCGAUUGGCGGAGCAACCUAUCUUGCCCAAUGGUUACGAGAAAUUGUAUCUCGACAACAAUGGACGGGAAACCAGUUUCCCAGCCUUAACGCCAGUAACGAUGACCCUGUGGACACUCCCACCCUCCUGAUCAUGAUGUCAUGCUAUAUGUCGCUAGUAAAUAUCUACGACACAGUUUUCUCCGACCUACGCCAGCUACUAGCUAUACUGCCAGACUCGACAUCGUCAAAAUCAUCCCGGGCUGAGCUACGAUGGGAUCUACGGCUAGGUGACCUGCCUCUAACAAACGAGGGGUACGUGCGGAUUCUUAAUGCCGUGCAGAUAUUGCUGGAUGCGUUGGAUGCUAUUGAGAAUGAUCUCGGUAUGUGA